UUUUUCCGAUAGCAUAAAGGGAAAAUCGGUUGUCAUAGUAUAACAUUUUUUAGUUCUUUGGGACGGACUCAAUUUUUUAUUUAUUUUCUCGGAAGAAAUAAAUAUUUUGCAAAAUGGUGUUGCGAACUGCGAUCGUCCAAUCGGCCAAACGUAUUCCGUUGAUCAAAUUCCGUAAGGGCGGUUAUCCGGGGUUGACAGCAGCUGGAGCACAAGGAUCGUACCAGGCGAGUUCAUAUCCUAAUACGUUGGAAACAAAAAAUAAUCCAGGUGUAAUCGAAGAUUGGGAAUUGCCACCACGUUACUGGCGCAAACCUAUCAGUGUUGAUGAAAUGGAGUACAUCAACCGAGGUGGUCCGGCCUAAUGCAAAAGAAAAGAAAUUUCAAAAUUCUAGAUCAAUGAAUCUUAUUUUCAGAAAGUAAAUGUUAAUAUGUAUCCUAUUAUGCAACAAAUAUAAAUAAUACACAACA